AGAUGAGUCAAUAUACGCUCCGUGGAAGGCCUAAGCACAAAUACAAAGUUCGACCAUUAUACAUGUGCAUACAUUAACACUAAGAAAGUUUCUAAAAAAAUAACUCUUGUUCAAUAUUGGAAAGGUAUCAUUCUUCAGUUAUUAUCUUAUUUGAGCAAAACUAGUGACUAUAUCAAUGAUUUUAAAGGAAUUAAUAAAUCUUGGGUCAUCUUACUAAAACCUCGAAGUUUCUGGAUCUAGUGACCUUAAAAGCCGAGGUAGCCUGGGUGUCCGUACUCAGGGCUCGUACUUACAGAUUCUGCGAGAUGUUCUGACUCAGAUGCAGACCCGGCAUAGAUGUAUCAGGCCUCAGCGAUGACAAGAAAGGAGGCACAGGUCGCCGCAAUGAAACGAGUUCCUGUCGUCAAGAUCAGUAUGGCCUCGGGAGGCGUAGUGAUGGCCCCGGUGGACCGACUGGACGCCUCCAGGGACAAGUUGGGCAUACAAGGCCAAGGGCUGAUGACAACACGGUCUCAAGAUAGUUCGGUUAAUCUCACUACCGGCGAACCAUCGCCAAACGCUUCGCGACCGUCCACUGCUACUUCCGGCGAUCAGUCGGAAGCCUUCGGAAGCUUCUCCAUGCCAGCGGAAGCUGUCAACGUGCUUGAGACGGUCAUCAACAUGAACAAAGCUUUGGAACAACAGAUAGACGCACUAAGGAUGAGGCUCACUGUGGAGUCGAAAAACCACGACAGCGAGAAAUACAAAAUAAUUAAAGAAAAGGAAAAACAAAUCAAUAAAAAAGAAGAGGAAAUCAAUGACUUGAAGGAUUCUCUUGUAAAUAGGGACGAACGGAUCGGGAGCCUUGUGAAAGAGGGGCAUCAAAAGGAUGAGCAUAUUAAGGAGAAGGAACAAGAAAUCAUUGAUUUGAAAGAUCUGGUGAAGCAAACAGAGGACUACGCAGAGCAGCUGAAGAAACGAGUUGAGAAAUUGAGAGUUGACAAACAUAAACUGCAAUCCGAUGACCUUUAUAAGGAACAGAAUCUGGAAAUGCAAAAACUGAGACACGAAAUCGUGUCUAUGAAAGACAAAGUGAACUCCAUGGAAAAGGAGUUGGUUAAAGCCAAGUUUGUAAUAGAUCAACAGAACACAAAAAUUAGUGGUUUGGAGGCAGAAAAAGGUGUAUUGAGUGACCGCUUCAGAGAGGAACUGGACCGUGCCAGUCGGGCCAUGCGCAGUGAGGUAGAGCGAAUGCGUGAGGUGAUGAAGCAACAGUAUGAAGAGAUGAGGAACCUACGUGAGCAGAACAUUGAAAUUUCAAGCGAUGUCAGAGACAUUAAAGAUAUACUGUUGAAAGGAACUGUGAGAUCAGAAAUGGAAGUCAUGCACAAAGAUAAAAUUGAUGUGAAAAACAUCAAUCUAACGCCCAACUAUGGUACACGGAUGCCGCUAACUGCAAGGGGGCCCGGGCCAUCCACAACAAUGCAAAAACCAAACGCUACUGUUAGAUCGUCAAUGCCUUCAAUAACAACCAUGAAACAGGCUGCGACCACUCAGGGCAGAGGCCAGGCAGGCUUUCCGCCGAUAGCAAAACCUGAGGAUACGACCGUGCCUCAUGGGAAGUGGAUACCAGCUGGUGCCAGGCAAUCUUCCAUCAACCAAAGAUCGUCGAAAGGAGCCAGGAAAUGAGUAAAUGGAUGGGACAGGGUAUCUUAUGAGAUAGUAUUGCGUACAUAGGUCUAGGGUUACCCAUGUAGACCGCAUUGAGCUAUGGUAGCACUAUUUGUGAUAUGUAGGUGACAGGUGCUAGAUUAUUACAGGCCAAAGAAUCAACAUACAAUGAUCAGUCUUUAUUUAUAGUACAGUACACUAGUCAAAAUCCUACCAGAUCUGAUCAAUUAUGUGAUAUGUGAUUUACGUCAAACUGCCUAUGGUUAACGAGCAUCUACCUCCUGCAGGAGGCGCUGUGAAUAUGACGCUUGUUUAGAUUGUGUUAAUAAUUGCUAAUCAGAAAUAAAUGAGUUGUUUGACA